AUGCCUCACCGCCGGCCCAUCCACACCCCCCACCGCCUCCCCUCACCCCUCCCCACACCCCCCGCCCUGCUGCCCCAUUCCACCUUCACCUUCAUCGCCUCAUGGCAGGGCCAGCUCCUCGUAUGCACCCUCGUCCUGUGCUUGGGCGCCGUGUACUUUUUUGUGAGGGCGCCUGUGGGGGCGUGGGGGGUGCGGCGCCGGGAGGAGGUUGCGCGGAGGAGGGAGAGGGAGUUGAUGGAGAUGGACCGUCAUGGGGGACGAGAGACGGAGGGGGAGAAGGAGAGGGUCAGGACGGGGUCGGUCUCGGCGCUGCUGAGCACGGGAGGGGAGAAGGACGACGACGCGACGCCCAUACCAAAGAACGCCAAAGAACGCGGGCGCGAACGGCGCAAAGACCUCAAAAAGCACAAGACCCUCCUCCCCCGCGCUCCCAACUCUGCCCAAGAAGAUACGAGCGCAGGCGAGUCGAGUGCGCCCCCGUCUGCUGCGAGGUCGCCCCUUGGAGCGGGUGCGGAUCUCCCGGCGGGGGGCCCGGGUGGACCCGAGUUUGAGCCGAGGGCUGUGCGCGCUGCCGGCGAUGGCGGCGAAGGCGAAGGCGAGGUAGAAGCGGCGGGGGAAGGAGUGGGAGAGAAGAGGCACCCGCCGCCACCACCCAUUAUCCUUCCUCUCCCCGACUCGGACCAAGAUGGCGAGCGGAUAGCCAUCUCCCCUCCUUCCCAACCCCCCGUAUCUCACCUGCAACCAUCCUCGGCCGAACCCUCCCCCUCAGACCCCCAGGAAAAAGAGAAAGAGCAGGCAUACAAAAAAUCUGAAGGGUUCUCCAUCAUACCCGACAACCUCCCCGCCUCGCUCCUCGCUCCCCUGUCACAGAGUAAGAAGAAGAAGAAACGGACCAAGAAAGCGUCUGGCUUGCCCUUGGGAAGAGGGGGAGGUUUGAGCGCGGGGGGAAGUGGGGAGGGGGAGGAAGAGGGGAAGGGGAGUAGUGAGAUGAGCAGGGGAGGGAGCGAGGUCGAAGAUUAUUCCACGCGAUCGUCUUCACCCAACCAACCGUCUUGCUCCCUCGCCGAAUCAUCCCAACGCCAACGCCAACCCCAACCUCUCCAAACACAACCAACCCCCGACUCUGAAUCGCUGCAUCUCCUACAACUCUUGGCGGCUAGAGACGCUACGAUCGAAAACCUGCGCGCCGAAGUGGGCGUCGCCAAAGCAGAGGAAGCGAAAAAAAGCGACGAGCUCGACCGUGCGCGGACGAACGAAGGGCGUCUGAAGGGGGAGAUGGAAAAAGUGAGACGGUCUGUGAGCGGGGAUGGUGAAGGCGGUGGAGGAGGGAGGAAGGAAGGGAAAGACGCGAGGCGACGUGAACACGACUGGCAGACUCGGUAUUCGUCUUUGCAGAAACAGUAUACGACCGCCCUCUCCCGUCUUGCGCAAUACGAAUCUCUCCUGCGCGACCACCCGCCUCCUCCUCCUCCUCCUCCUUCGACCCAGUUUUCAUUCCCGCCCAACAACCUCCCGCCGGCGUCGCCGAUGGGACUGCACUAUCCGACGACGCCGUUGGGCGCGCCUGCGCCGUAUUCCCCCGGCAGGAGUUUGAGUUUUGCGGGUGGUGCGCAGGGUGGGGGGAUGGGGAUGGGGAUGGGGAUGGGGAUGGGGUACCCGAGUCUGAGUCCGGGGAUGUAUCCUUCCCCGAUGUUGGCUGUCUAUUCUGCCCAAUCCCAAUCUCAAUCCCAAUGGCAGGGGCAGGGGCAGGGGCAGAACCCGUCCGGCCAUCCGAGUCCGGCACCGUCGUUUCGCCGUGCAUCGUCGGGUAUGAACCUGUUCAACUCGCCUUCCCACCCUCACCCUCACGCGCAGUCGCAUUCGCCAUUCGUGAGCGGUAUCAACGGCCACAUGAACGGCGGCCACGGUACCCCCACUCCCACUCCCCACCCGAACCCAAACCCGAACCCGAACGGCGACCACCGCCAAGACCGCCAAGACCGGCUGGACCGCGCCGACCGCGCCGACCGGGGCGAAACGGCAGGCUCAGGAGACGACGUCCGCCUCGCCGCCCUAGCGGGGCCUCUCACCCCGGGGAUGGGAGGCGGGUUUGAUAUGUCCAUGUCUUCUUUCGGCCUUGGUCUUGGAGCUGGCGGCGGAGUGGGCGGAUCGACGGGUGUUAUGCCGAUGGGGCAGGCGUCUCGUCCGGGGUCUGCGAGGAGGACUUCUCAGGUGACGUCGCCGUCGUCGCCGCCUUCUUCUUCUUCCCGCCCGCGAUCGAACCCCAACCCUCCUACGCACUCCCACUCUUAUAGUCAAACAAACGGGAACGGUUUCGGUCUCGCCUCUCCCUCUCCAUCUACCGACUCUCAGCAUCGUCAGAACCUCCCACUCCCUGAAGACGCAUCGGCCUCCCCACGAGCGCGGGGGGCGGGGGCGGGGGCGGGGGCGGGGGCGGGUAUGCACCACCUCGAUAUCGGAGGCGGAGGCGGAGGCGGAGGAGGGGGCGGGCUGGCUGAGAGGAGGAGGUUGAGUGUGGAAAGUAGUGUUUUGAAGAAGAAGAAGGAGAAGGCUGCGCCGCUUGAGGCUUUGGCUGCCGCUGCUGUUGGUUCGAAUUCGGCUUUUGCGUUGGAUGAGGAUGGGAAGGAUGGAUCGUUGAACGGUGAUGCUGGUGAGACGCGAGGGCAAUCGGAAGGGGAAGGGGAAGGGGAAGAUAGGGAAGGAGAAGAGAAGGAGGAAGAAGAAGAAGGAGGAGGAUCUGUUUCAGGCUCCCCCUCUGCGUCUGGUUCAGCGAGUCUAUCAGCGUCAGUAUCGGCAUCGGCAUCAGCGAGUUUAUCAGCGAGCAUGACGGGGAGCGGGAGCCUGUCGAAUCCGCUUUCGAGCGUGGGGGAGUGUAUAACGCUUGAGGCUUUGCCUGGGGGGGAAGGAGGGGAAGGAGGGGGAGAGGGAGAGGGAGAGGGAGAGGGGAAGAUGAGGUUGGCAUCGCCUGUACAUCUGCAGCCUGUGUUGGCUGUAUCGCCUUCUUCCCCUCCCCCGGCAAACUCUACCCUGGCGUCCGCCUUGCCCUCGCCGACAUCGUCGAAACAUUCGAGGGCGCACUCGCAUGAUCGGUCUGUCGAAUCUCUGCAGCAGCCCCGGCGCAGCUCUGCAUCUCACAUCUUUGACGCUAGUGCAAGUGCAAAUGCAAGUGCGAGUGCGAGUGCGAGUGCGAGUGUGAGUGCAAGACAAGGACAGGGGGAGCGACCCCGGCAGGACAGGAAGCGGAGCGAGGUGUUUGUGGGUGAACCGAUCUUUGCGAGUUUGGCGCAUACGCCGGAGCAGGUGGAGGAGAUGAGAAGGAUGAGGGGUGUUGUUGCCGAGUAG